AUGCCUAACACUUUAGAUAAAACUUUUGUUGAGAAUGGGCCGUGGAAAAAGGAUACGUUCCAUGGCAAGGUCGUGUUUGUCACCGGAGGGGCAGGAACGAUAUGCAGGGUACAAACAGAAGCAAUGGUGCUUUUAGGUUGUAAAGCUGUAAUCGUUGGUAGAAACCCGGAAAAGACGAGGAAAACGGCCCACGAGAUUGGACAAUUGGUCCAUGAUCCACACUCUUGUUUGCCCAUUUCAAGCGUCGAUGUCCGAAAUGUGGAUCAGUUGCAUGAGGCUGUUAAAGUGGCCAUUCAAAAAUUUGGUAGGUUAGAUUACGUUAUCGCUGGCGCUGCUGGUAACUUCUUGGCGGACUUUACACAUCUAUCCUCGAAUGCUUUCAAAUCAGUGGUAUCAAUUGAUCUUUUGGGUAGUUUUAACACGGUCAAGGCUUGUUUCCCAGAAUUGGUCAAGACUAAAGGUUCUGUACUCUUUGUCAGUUCCACUUUACAUUACUAUGGCGUUCCAUUUCAGUCACAUGUAGGUGCUGCCAAAGCCGGUAUUGAUGCCUUAUCAAAUGCAUUGGCUGUAGAAAUGGGACCAUUGGGAUUAAGGUUCAAUUGUGUAGCUCCUGGUGCUAUCGCCAACACUGAAGGGUUGGCACGACUCACUAAAAAUGAUUCGAGCUCAGAUCUGUCAGAGAUGAUUCCAUUGCAAAGGCUUGGCACAACAGUUGAUAUUGCAAACACGACAGUGUUCCUUUUUUCUCCUGCAGCUUCAUACAUCACCGGAACUAUUCACGUCGUCGACGGUGGUGCCUGGCAUGUAGGCACACAAAUAACGAGAGAGUUUUAUCCUAAAGAGUUGAAUUAUGCUUUUGAUUCAAAACUAUAA